UUAGACGGUCUUCAAUUCAGCGAUUUAACAUGGUCUUUGAAACACUUAACCUGUAUGGCUUUCCAUCUGAUCAACGCUAAAUUGAGAUGUAGGUGAGAUAGAACCUAUGUUCCCAACAAAAAUUGGAACUGCUAGGUCAUGCCAAUUACCUAGUGCAAACACAUGGAAACGAGCAGUUUGAAAUUGAGAAAAUUCAUUUCAUGGACAAUUUUCAUUUACCCCGCCUCUCCUUAAGUGAUUUUAAAAGAAUUUAUACUGGAAGAGACGCAAAAUUCAGAAUGGCAGCCACAGUAGCAAAAGCGCCAUCUAUUCCGAAUGUGCAAACCACGCCCCCUCAGGUAGCUCAGAACAAAGUUGUCACGUCAAACGGAGGUGCAAAAAUCAUCUUUAAUGGUAGACAAGAUACUUCCGGUGGAUACCCAUCUCAGUUUGUCAUUCACCAGAAACUGUCGUUCACAAAGCUUCCUAGCAUCGUCAAUCGAAUGAGAGCAGAGACUCUAUCUAGUAGAGCAAAGCGAGGCCGCUUCUAUAAAAGUGACUCGUACGUGGAUUACCGAUUUUACAGUUGGAAAAAUCUGGCUCUCUGGAGUGAUUACCAGUCCCAUCUAUGGAAUAGGGACGGAAGUGUCAAAACCUCUUUCAGAAAAUAAACUUACCUACGUAUAUUACGUGACAACGAGUGUUUUUUUUCUCCUUUAUAAUGACUGUGUCUUUCACUACAUGGAACAGUAUUAAAGUUUAUUCAUAUGAAAAUACCCUGUAUAUAAUAAAUGAUUA